AUGUCUUAUUGGUAUAGGUUCAUCAAACCAAAUCUUUCAAUAUAUAGGCAACACCGGCAAGCUUCUGUUUUGAAACGGCUUGUUUCCAACAAAGAAGAUAAAAUCUGGAACGCUGCCAUUUGGCAGGAAGAGGGUGAAAUCAAAAAACUCCUUGAAGAAUUCGAGGAAAUAUUCUAUUUGGACUCGGAAGCAGGAAUACGCCAUGAUAUGUUGGGCGUAGAAGGGGGUGUUCAAAGAGGCGUCGAAGGAUAUGUCAAACCUGAUAUUGCAAGAGCUGUCGCCAAGGAUUACGAUCUCAGUGACAGAAAAUACACCGAUACCCUACAAAAUAUCUCCUCUCUGGACCGGAUCGAGUCUCACAUGAAGGAUAUUAGGGAUCAGUUAGCAAAUACGUCUCGACAACCUACUCAGAAGGAAAUACGGCAAUUUCAACGUUUCUUCGAUGGCGACGAAGGCGUAUUCUCGAUUCUAUGGGUAUGCAUCUAUCGGAACCACGCGUCAGAUGUCGAUUACUUGUUGGGAAAUACCAAUAUCGACUUAAGGACACAAAACGGCUUUUUUCAACGAACCGUGCUCCAUGGGGCAGUUUCAAUAAGAAACCAGCGAUUUGUAGACUCCAUCCUUGAAACCAACUCUUCAGCAUCGCCUCUUGGAUGCAUCGAAGUUGGCAACAUUUAUUCAGAAACUCCGUUACACACUUUAAUCACGAUCUAUGUAAAAUGCAAACCACAGGAAAACCCCGAAGAGUCGCAUAUGGUACUCGGAAUGGUUAAGUCGCUAUUGGAGCAUGGUGCCAAUGUCGACGCGCUGAACUACGCAUUUCAGACACCUCUUCAUUUACUUGUUGGUUCGAGUAACUACGACCUUGAUAUCAUUCCGCUACUACAAGAAUUUCUCUUGAACGGAGCCGAAGUGAACAGCAAGGACAUUUUCGGUCGUUCACCUCUUCACCUAGCGUGCGAAAAACAAGAUCAUCAGGCCAUUCUGUUGUUGGUUAAGGAAGGCGCAGAUUUGGAAGCCCUUGACAGUGACGGGAGAACGCCCCGAGCAUAUUUGGAGACCUCCGAUCACAAUGGAACUUUUUCUAGGGACCUGGAAAUACUAGCUCGGACAGGUUUCUCUACGCAUGAAAAACCUUUCAAACUACCACCGAGGGAUGGAAAGAUUUCUAAAAGGCAAAUGCAAAUUUGCAAGAAGUCUCCCGUUUACUGCAGGUUUCAAAGGAAUACCAAAUUCACAGACAAAGAAAAUCACCUAUUCUGGAAUUGGGUAGGAACGGAUCAAUACGUUUCUGACGUUUUAUAUUUGAACAGUUCACGACGGGGCGUCACGUUCCUUGACGACUGCGAGAUAAAAGCCGCAAGCGUUUGGGAAGACAUUCAAAGUCAAUUGGAGAUCAUGCCUGUAUCGCGUAGAGGAGCAACUCACGAAGAUACGCAGGUCGAUGAUGAUACAUGGAGAUGGGUGAACUUCCCUGCCACUAAUGAUUUCAUUUUGGACCACGUUGAUGAGUUGACGAGCCCUGGUGCAAAGAGGGCAAUCUGGGAAUUCUUUCAAGACAACAUCAAAGUCCGCGACGCAAAAGAAAGCAGGUCUCGUAUAAGAGCUGCACAUGCUAAGAAAAUGGGAAACCACGGACCGAACGCACACUCGGAGGACUCUAGUAUUAUGUCGCAGGCAGGGUCAAUGGUAUCUAUAGUGAUUCCAUUCUUGGACAUAGAAGCGACGGCCUCUCAUCUACAACACACAACUUGCGGUGAAGACGCAUAUUUUCCUCUCACGAGGAUAGGUGGAGUUCAAAUGCCACAAACUCUGGACCAGACGUUCAACAACACGGAGGGUCUGACAGGGCUUCGAUCAAAAGAGAAUCAAGUGAUUUACAGAUGGUCUGAAAAACAAGCAGCGGCACGGCGUGAUAAGAUUUCAGAGAAACACGAACCCUUAGAGGCUCCGCGUACCAGUUCUGGGUCCCGAUUCAAAUAUUGGCCAAGGAAUCGACUCCGCGAGGGACCUGAUCCGCGUACCGCUUCUUCAGACUAUGUUGGGGAUAUCUUUAAAGGUGAGGGUACGGGAAACGCAACUAGAAUGCGAAGUAUUCAGCAGGAAGUCCGCCCGAGAUGGCUGAUGGUUCGACAGCUUUGGCUAUGGAAGCUCCACGAUGGUACCAUUCUUACUGCAAUACCGUCUCGAGAAAACAUGUGCAUGGCAGAUGAUUUGUUGGAAACUAUCCGACACAGUGAACUGAAUGAGGUAUCUACAGCAGAUGAUCUCAUGAAGCACAUUGUGCAGCAAACAGUUACUUUUACAGAAAGGUUCAGGCUAGCCGGGCUUGGGGAACACAUCCUUGAUAUCUUCGAAAACGAACUUGCUUCUGAGAUGGACCGAGAGGCUGGUUUCUUCAACAGCUUCACUAGAAAAGACUGGAACUCUGAAUAUGUCAACAAAGCCAUCAGUGAAGCGGCAGGGUGUACUUGGCGUGUCAAAGAUAUUCGUGGAGAACUUCGCCUCGUCGACAAAGUCUUUACGCAACAAUUGGAUGUUCUCAAAGAAUUCGCCACUGUUAUUGCCACUGACAAGGGCAUGUCAUUUGAUAAACAAGAAGCUGCUCUGGUUCGAGAGUCUGGCUUGGUUGCCUUAAGAGAACGAAUCAAACGGAUAGACGAAGAUGCUGCCACGACAAUCGAUGGUCUCAGCAAUAUCACCCAGGCAAUGCUAGCCCAAGCGUCACUCAAAGAAGCCGAAUCGGCACGUCUCAUGAACUUUAUCAUUCUUCCAUUUACAGUUGUAACUGUCGUCUUUACACCCCUGUCAUUCAUGACAAGCCUGUUUGCUGUGAACUCGGACGGCUUCCCACACAACGAUGAAGGCGAACUCCGGAUCCCUUCAAAUUGGCUUCGUACCAAAAUGAUCAUUGGCGAAUUCGGAACCUUAAUUCCUCUUCUCAUCAUUGUCGUGUCUAUCUCUUAUUUGAGAACUGGCACGAGACGUACUCCGAAGGAACAGCCAAGGCAUUGA